GAUACUUCAUCAUCGGAUUCGUCGCUUAAAUUCGACAAGAAUUCAUCCGACACACCCGUGUACCAAGUCGACGUGGAGUUACAUGAGAAGACUAGCAAAGCUUUUGAAACUUCGUUCUCGGUCGGUACGACAUUUGGCGUGAAACUUGAGAAGGAAUUGCACGCUGAUGUUUACGUGGAAAAGAAGACGCCAUGCCAGGAAGGGCCCAAGCCUCAGGGACUAGAACAACCCAUCCCGCUCGGGUGCCUCAUACAGGAACGCAAUCGUUAGAGAUAGUAGCCGCGGGAAGCCAAACAGACUCGAACACUAGUGAUCCAUUAAACGCGAGGGCGUCCGAUUCCGAAAACUCGUCGGAUUCGGAACCUCAGGGAAUAAAUCUACAUUACUCGGAGGAGAAUGUCGAAGGGAAUAUGACGAGUGAUGAGGAUGAAGUAGAUAUGCGAGAAUCAGGAGCGUAUGGUAAAUUAAAAAAUGCAAUUAUUCCGCUGGGAUUCAAACCUUUACAUCAGGAUGCAGCGUCAGGUGUAGACGAGCCCGAUGCUCCUUCUAACAGCAAGCAAAUAACUGAAACAGAAAUUCAACCUGAGGGUGUACAAGAAACUAUCAUUCCAGUUCAACAUGAGGAAAUUAAAAUAUCAGCGACAGAAACCAAAGUUGAUGCAAAAUCUGACGAAGUGGAAGAUGAAAAUAAAGAAACUGUACUUGAAGUUCCCAAGGAAGUACCGGUUGCGCUCGAUGUUGAUGUAAAAGGAGGGGUGGAAAUCGAAAGCAAUGAUCUCGUAAAAUCAGCUGAUUCUGAAAAGAUUGAUAUUGUAAAAAAUACUGAUAUUGAAAGUAAUAAAAAUGCAAACAUUGGUGACGAUGACAAAAUAGAAACUCGAAAACAUGCUGAAACUGAAAAUAUAGAAGUCUCAAAACCGAGCCGAAACCAGACGUUAUAAUAACCGAU